AUGGAGCACUUGAGAGGACAAGAAAAAACAAACAAACUGAUAAAUGUUCCGUUAGAAUCAAGAAUAAAGAAAAAUGCAGGCGUUGAAAAGAAAAUGCAAGGACCAUAUAUAUUAUUGGAGAAAUUUAAAGUACAACUUUGUAUGAUAAAUAUGUAUGUCCGUCCAAAUGGACAAUUCAUCAAAGCUACAGCAGUUACUUCAAAAUCAGAAAAAUGGUUUGAUGGUGAUAAUGUUGAAGAUAUCGAGAAUGUCAAAGAUGUUGUAUUAAAUGAAAACUCCUGUAGAACAAAAGUUAAAUGUUCUUUUUGUGAGCAAUUGCUUAAUCAUUCAAAAAAGAUGAGCGUUACCGAUAUAAUCAAUAAAGUAGCAGCAAAAAUUGCUUUUCUUGAUGAACCAAUUAAGGUCUCUGUAUUUGUUUUUAAUAGCAGCUUUAACCAUGGUAUUUAUGCCAAAGAUGUUCUUGUUACAAGCGGAAUGCUCUUAAGUGAUGGUGGUGGAAGAGCCAAUGAAAAAUAA